CCACGAUGACCAAAGAAACCACCACCUCUUCUACAAGUGAACCCCUGGAGAUUGAGUACCUCAUCGUAGGCACAGGCCCAGCUGGGGCAUCUCUGGCCUGCUUUCUUGCCUACCAUGGCUUGAAGGGCUUGAUGAUCAACUCGGCACCGUCGACGGCAGACACCCCGAGAGCACAUAUCACAAACAUGGCCGCAUUAGAGUGUCUGCGAGACAUUGGACUGGAAGAAGAGUUAAUGCGCAUUGGAAACGCCGAAGGUGCCAUGCAGCACACACGCUGGUGCUAUAGUCUGGCUGGGGAGGAGUUUGCCAGAGUAUAUUCCUGGGGUUCAGAUCCACGUCGAAAGGGUGAUUAUGAGCUUGCCAGCCCUUGCUUGCCAAUAGAUCUGCCCCAGACUUUGCUUGAGCCAGCUCUUGUCAGAUAUGCAACGCAACAUGGAUUCAACGCUCGUUUCAAUACGUCUUUUGUGGAAUUCACAGAAGAUGAUUCUGGCCGGAUUUUGUCAACUUUAUAUGAUGAAGUCCUUAAACAGCAUUAUACAGUCCGCUCGAAGUAUUUAUUUGGGGCAGAUGGUGCCCGGAGCAGAAUUAUGAAACAGCUUCAAAUUCCACUCAUCAGCAAGCCGGGAAAGGGAGUCGCGAUCAACGUGUUGGUCAAAGCGGACUUAUCAAAUCUUAUCAAGCACCGCAUGGGGAAUUUGCACUUCAUUCUUCAACCCGAUCGUCCGCAUUCUCUCUUUGGAUGGCUUUGCAUUGCGAGAAUGGUCAAGCCUUGGCACGAAUGGAUGUUCAUUCUAUUCCCGCAUCAACAAUCGUGGAAUUUGUCGCCUUCUAAUGAUGAAUAUGUGGGGCACAUUCGCUCUCUGAUCGGGGACUCGUCCAUCGAUGUGACUAUUCUGGGUGUCUCUCAGUGGAACAUCAAUGAAAUUGUCGCCGAGCGUUACUCAAUGAAGAACGUCUUCUGUCUUGGAGAUGCAGUUCACCGACAUCCACCAAUGAACGGGUUGGGGUCUAACACUUGUGUCCAGGAUGCGUAUAAUCUCGCAUGGAAGAUUGCUUAUGUCGAGAAAGAACUUGCCGGUCCUGAGUUGCUGCACUCGUACUCAAAUGAGAGACAACCUGUGGGGUUUUCGAUUGUUACACGCGCAAACGAGGCCUUCGGUCAUCAGAUGAAAGUGUGGGAAGUCCUUGGCUUCAUGACUGAAGAUAUGGAAGAACGUAAGAAGGGUAUGCAGGAGCUUGGCCAGUCAACACUGGCCGGCGCCGCUCGAAGAAAGGCCUUCAAAGCUGCUAUUGAAAUGACACGUCAUGAAUUCCACGGUCUUGGAAUCGAGAUGGGUGAGCACUACAUUAGUAGUUGUAUCUACACUGAUGAUGAGAUCGACAAUACGCCGAGCGAAAGUCCAAACACCAGUAACCGAGUCUUACAGUAUUUGCCAAGCACAAUCCCUGGGCGACGCUUACCACAUGUAUGGCUCGACACUGCUUGUCCAAAGGGGAUGAUUUCGACUCAUGACCUAGCUGGCAAAGGCGCCUUCUGCCUUUUCACUGGCCAUGGGGGAGACAGUUGGAAAAAUGCAGUGGAAAUUGUCAAGAACAAACUUUAUAUUCCUAUUAAUGCCUUUUCCAUUGGUUUUCGCCAGGAUUGGGAGGACGUUUAUAUGGAAUGGGGCAGACUGCGGGGAGUGGAGGAAUCUGGGUGUGUUUUAGUACGACCGGAUAGAUUUGUUGGAUGGCGCUGCAACGAGGUCUUAGAGACUGAAGAGGCAUGUAUAGAGAAGCUCGAAAAGGUAAUGAGUGCUUUGCUGAAACGGUGA